AUGUCGUUACCAGUGAAGGUUGAGAGCUGGGGCUUGUGGUUGUCUGGAUACCCUAUUAAAGUGUGCCAGCUCUUAGAUUUUAGUACUGGGACUGUUGGAGCACCCAUGUGUUAUCGUUCAAUUGGUCUUGACGUUGUAACUGUUUCGACCAUGUCUCUAUCCCCUCAGUUCAUGGAAAGCCUUUGGGUACGGAAGUCAUUUUCCGCAGCUGGCCAUACGUUACUAGUAUACGACUAUCUCCUGACUUUCCGAGAUGAAUUCGUUUACAUCUGGGACGCCCCCUGGACGAUUGUCAAAAUCUUGUUUCUUCUCAACCGGUAUGGGAACCUUAUUGGACAGACUGUCGUCCGGCUGGAGGAGGCUGGUCUUCUCGCACAUGAUUCUCAAAAGUUCUGUCAAUGCUUCGCAAUUUUCACUAGUUGCUUUAUGUUUUUAUCCGUCGAGUCGAUCCACAUCCUCGUGCUCGUGCGUGCAUGGGCUAUCUGGGGAACUCAGAAGCGCGUGACGAACAUCCUCGCCUGGAGCUACGUGAUCUACGUCGUCACGCUAUUGGCCAGCACAUCGUAUAGUUUAUACGCUGGAAAUAUUCAGUAUCUAUUUCUGGACGUGAUUCACGUUUGCGUGACGACAAUGCCUAUCUCCGGAUACACUCUAGGGAAUUUCAGCCACUCUACCCGUCUAGUCUUCUCCAUGUGCUUUUUCGAGAUGCGAUCAUCUUUUUCAUCGACUGCAUUCUGGAAUAAUCCAAAAUAUUUCCUUGCCAAAGGGUUCGCGACUCCGUUACUUUCAGUAGUUGGUCAACGCCUAGUCCUGAACCUUCGAGGUCUCAAAACGCGUACCUACGCAACUCGCGAUCUCAGCCGUGAAGUGGACCGCCAACUUCAAGCAUUUGCUGAAGCAGACCUGGAUGAUGUAGAAUAG